CCCACCCAACCCCCCUCUCUCUUUCCCAAACCCUUUUCCAUCUCCGAAGAAGUAUCGUGCUCCUGUUCUCCUCCUUCGCCCCCAGCUAUUUCUUCAUCUCUUUUUCUCUUUUUUGUCCACCAUUUCCCUUCUAUCUUCUAAAUUAGUUAGCUUAUACAAUAUUGUGAUGAAGUAUUCUCUCAAUGAUGGACCAUUUUUCAUAAAAGUAUUAUUAAUGAGGUGUGCAUUAUUUUCAAACAGAUGUUGCAAAAUAGUUAAGAGCGUACAUGGUCUCUUUUUACUUAACUUUAUACACAUGUAGUUUUGUUUGUGACCAGACAAAAUGGAAGAUGGUUUUCUUAGCUACUCCAGGAAGUUGAUUGCAUCUACAUUCAAAUUAUGCUCUUCACUAUGACUUUAAAUUAAAGUAUAGAUAUUAUAUUAUCUAUUUAUUUAAUGAGUGCAAUAAAAGCUUUCUUUUUUGUAUGGUUUAGUAUCGUUCUUAUCAGUUUUGUAAUAUUAUUAUAAUCAUUGUUUGAAUACUUCGUUAUUAAUGAUCAUCUCUACAUAGCUAUUUCUAUAUAUCAUAUGAGUUUUGCAGACAUGGGAUUAACAUGAAGUUUGACAAACUUAUUGGUCCUUGCAAUUGUCAAGGUAUGACGAAAGGAACAUGAUGGUCUUGUGAAGAUGAUGGUCUUAUGAAGAAGAUUGCCAACUGGUUAAUGUAGAUUAGUCGGCAUUGGAAUGUUGGAAUGUGUUGACAUCUGGCUUGUAAAUGAUAUUGUUUGUUUCUUUUGGAUUAGUUGGCAUUGAGAUUUGAGAUGUUAGAUUGUAUAUGACAUUUGGGUUGUAAAUGAUAAUGUUUGUUCUCUGUUGGAGCACUUUUCAUUUCAAUUAAGAAUCAAAGACAUGUUUCGAUGACUAUUG